AUGAAGAUAAUUAUAUAUUUUUGCAUUUGGGCAGCAGCACGGGCUAUUCCAGUUCCUCAAAUCAAGCCAUUGGAGAGACAUGCUGUUGACAAAUUUGUAAAUUUAAAUCUUCUAGAAAAAGCAAAAGUGCCAAUACAGGAUGAGUUAAAUGCCAAUGAUACUACCAAAGAGAGUGGUGUCCCCCCUGAAAAUGAAAGAGGAAGGCAACAAUAUACCAAAGAUGAUUACAAAGAAGAAAGAAAUGGCUCUGAGUGGGCAGAAAUAGGAGGGAAAAGUUCUUCUACACAUUCCAUGUUAGUAAAUGACGAGGGGAAUAGUGAGGAUCAAUAUGGGGUCACAGGAAAACUAGAAACAUAUGGUUAUAAUGGGAUACACGGAAAAGAAAGUAGCGCCACAACAAAUGGCAUCAGGGGACAAGUAAGUAUCAUCGACAAUGCUGGAAUAGCAAAUGGGAGCAAUAUUAAUAGAAAUACUGAUAAUAAUGUAAACAAUGGAGGAGAUGUUGGAGAUGCAAGUCAGAGUGAGAAUGCCACUGUUGUCCAAGAAGAUGACCAUCAAAUAGCUGGAGGCAAUAACAGCACAGGCCAAGAGGAUGAAAUAAACAGGAAUUCCUGUAGAAAUGAGGGUGAUACAGGUGAAGAAACAUCUCAGAGAGAAAAUGAGAGAAAUGGGAAUCAGGAGGCAGGAGUAACACCAGGGGGUGGAGCUAACAAUGAAGAAGAUGAUAAUUCUGAUGGGAAUCCUAGUGGGAAUGGAGCAGAGGAGGAUGAAGAUAAGGGCUCUGGUGAUAAUGAAGGUGAAGAAACAGGGAAUGGAAAAGAGGACACUGAUAAUAGCAAGGGCCAAGAGGGUCAGCCUCAUGGAAAAGAUGACAAUGAUAAUAGUUUAGGUCAAAAUUCAAUUAGUAGUGAAGAUGAUGAUCCUGAAGACAAAGAAGAUCCCCAUGACAUCAAUGGAGACAACACCUCCAAAAGUGAGGAGGAUUCUGAUGGUAUUUCCAAAGACAAAGAUAGCCCAAUAACAGAGGACACGCAAAAGCCCCAUUACAGAGAAAACAAAGCUGUGGAAAAGAAAGUCACUGAUGAAUCAGAGCCAGGUGCUACUGGGAAGAGCCAUGAUAAGGGAAUAGAAAUGGAAGGUCCCAGUAGUGGCAACAGAAACAAUAUUACCAAAGAAGAUGGGAAAUUCAGUGAAGAUAAAGAGAGAAAAAGACAACAAGGAAUGGUCAUGAGCAAAGGAAAUGUCAAGACACCAGGAGAGACUGACAUACAAGGACCUGGUCAGAAAUCAGAACCUGGAGAUAAGGUUGCACACAGCAAAACAGGUAGUGACAGUAACAGUGAUGGAUAUGACAGCUGUGAGUUUGAUGACAAAUCCAUGCAAGGAGAUGAUCCCAACAGCAGUGAGGAAUCUAAUGGCAAUGAUGAUGCUGAUUCUGAAGGUGACAAUGACAGCAAUAGCCGAGGAGAUAGUGGUUUUAACUCUGAUGAACCAAAAGAUAAUGGCAAUGACAGUGACUCAAAUGGAGGAGGUGAUAAUGACAGUGAUAGCACAUCAGAUGCUAAUGAUAGUGACAGUAAUGACAAUGGAAACAGGAGCGAUGACAAUGGCAAAUCAGACAGCAAUAGAGAUAAAUCAGGCAGUAGCAACAGCAGUGACAGCAGUGAUAGCAGCAACAGCAGUGACAGUAGCGACAGCAGUGACAGAAGUGACAGUAACGACAGCAAUGACAGUAGUGAUAGCAGCGACAGCAGUGAUAGCAGCAACAGCAGUGACAGUAGCGACAGCAGUGAUAGGGACAGCAGUGACAGCAGUGAAAGUAGUGAUAACAACGACAGUAGUGACAGCAGUGAUAGCAGUGACAGCAGCAACAGCAGUGAUAGCGACAGUAGUGACAGCAAGUCAGACAGUGAUAGCAGUGACAGCGACAGCAGUGAUAGCGACAGCAGUGACAGUAGUGACAGCAGCGACAGUAGUGACAGCAGCAACAGUGACAGUAAAUCAGACAGCAGUGACAGCAGCAACAGCAAAUCAGAUAGUGACAGCAGUGACAGCGACAGCAGCGACAAUGACAGUAAAUCAGACAGCAGUGACAGCAGCAGCAGCAAAUCAGAUAGUAGUGACAGCAGUGACAGUGACAGCAGCGACAGCAGUGACAGCAGCAACAACAGCGACAGCAACAAUGAUAGCAGUGACAGCAGCGACAGCAGUGACAGUGACAGCAGUGACAGCAGUGACAGCGACAGUAGUGACAGCAGUGAUAGCAGCGACAGUAACAGCAGUGAUAGCAGCGACAGCAGCGACAGUGACAGCAGCGACAGCAGCGACAGCAGCGACAGCAGCGACAGUAGUGACAGUGACAGCAGCGACAGCAGUGACAGUGACAGCAGCGACAGCAGCGACAGCGACAGCAGCGACAGUGACAGCAGUGAUAGCAGCAACAGCAGCGACAGUGACAGCAGCGACAGCAGUGAUAGCAGCGACAGUAGCGACAGUGACAGCAGUGACAGUGCAUCUGACAGUGAUAAGAGUCACAGCAAGAGCAAGUCUGGUAAUGGCAACAAUGGAAGUGACAGUGAGAGUGAGAGUGAAGGCAGUGACAGUAAUCACUCAACCAGUGAUGAUUAG